GUGUAUUCUAUGCAAUACCUAUCUUGUACUAUUACUAUUACUAUAUGUAAAAAAUGUGUUAUAGCCUAUAGGUAUAUAUAAUUGUCAAUAUUAAACAAAAUAUUGGAAGCGGUAAUCUCGAUAUUUUGAAUAUUUCGAACGGCGAAGUAACGUGUGAACUAACGUUCAUGAUGAUGAACUUAGCCAUGAAGAAAACUCGUGGAAUUUUCCAAAUAUACAAGAGGCUCCUCAGUCGUCGUCCAUAUUUAGUUCAGGCAGUCCAAACGGGAACUCUUAUGGGAGCAGGUGACAUUAUUUCACAAACUGUUAUAGAAAAAAAAUCUUUCAAGAAGAUUGAUUACAAGCGAACUCUACAAUUUUCCUCAAUAGGAUUUUUUGUCGGUGGUCCUGCUUUAAGAAUCUGGUAUGGCUUACUAAAUAAGCAUGUAGGUUCCAGUGGGAAAAUGGUCGCAUUGAAAAAAGUAUUUGUUGACCAAUUUAUAUUUGCACCUACAUUUCUUUUGUUUCUUUUAAUAUCUGUUGGUACGAUGCAGGGGAAGUCUUAUGAUAUAAUCAAACAAGACAUAGAAACAAACUACUUUGAUGUAUUAAAGACAAAUUACUAUAUUUGGCCUUUGGUGCAAAUCAUAAAUUUUUAUUAUAUACCUCUACAAUACCAAGUAUUAUUAGUACAGUCGGUAGCAUUGUUUUGGAACACAUAUUUGUCAUGGAAAACUAACUACAAAGGUUUAAUAGAAUAACUAUAAAAUAAAAUAAAGAAUUAUUUAUUAUGUAGAAAUUAUGAACAUUUAAAUGCAAGAAAUUUUUAAUUUUGUGUCUCAAAAUAUUAUGUAGUUUUAUGUGAUUGUUUCAAAUAAAAAAAUGUAUCAAUAACUUUGUAUAUAAUUUGUAUUCAUGAAAAAAGUUAUUUUUACAUGCUGGUAGGCUUUUGAGACAUUAAAGAGUUGAAAUAUUGAAGUUAUAAGCUAUAAAGAAAUACUCUAUCGUGAUGAAUAAUUGUUAUGAAGUUCCUAUAUCUUUUAUAUUCAUCAUUGUCAGAGUUAAAAAAAUAAAUAUACUGGUACAAG